AAGGCGUCGAGCUCGUCCAGCACUUCACCCAGUUUCUGGGCGAGAUCUGUGCUAUCACGGAGGAGAUCGACCAUGCAUUGAACCCUGAGUGAUGCAAAGCCCGAAAUAAGACAGCGCAUUGCGUAUACGCUCAUCUUCCGGUCCGCGGCACGCUUGCUGGCAUCCCGCUAAAAGAGAUCUGGACUCCAGUAAUGAUUCUGAGCUGGACCGACGGUCAACGCGCGCACGUUCUCGUGAAAGCGGGUCCCUUGGUUAACAAGACAUUCCGGGUCGGCCAAGUCCUCCUCUACACGCUUGUAAUUGCUCGCGCCAUCCGCCGAGGGAAGCAGCACGCUCACCGUCUCGACGGGCGAUUUCAGUUGAGGGAUCUGUCCACUAGAAUGCAUCUCAGUCCACUGAGAUCCUCCGUCCCUCCUUCUUCGCCUGGUCUCUCUCUACCCCCACCGUUUUCUUGGCUCGAUGCCCGUCGAGACCUCUUCAGAUUCAGUCCUGGUUCCGAUGAUUCUUUACUGCAGAGUUGAGCCUGCCCGGGUGCUGAUCGACUUCCAUGGCGAGGGGAAGCGACGCGAAAGAUGAUUCCAAGACUUGCAAUCGAUCGCAUAUCGCUUCCUGGAUUCCACCCAAGAUGCCGCAUAGCGAGACUGAGACAACACGUGGAUCACUGUGUAAGAUCCGACGGGCUAGAGGGCAGAAGGGAUGUCAUUGGCAACCAGCAGGCGGCCGCUUGGGGUGCAGGGGAGUCGUGCGAUUCGACAGUCACACGCGGCAUGCGGCGGACAGGGCGCGCAGGAAGCGAUGAGACAACGGCAUACAGGCACUGGCAACGUCGGGUACCGGAUGAAUGUUAAGAAGGAGCAUAGGCCUUUGAUUCCCGUUCCGAUAAUCAUUCCUCGGGCAGCGUUGGGGGCCAGAUUGUCCCCACAAGAAUGACGCCCGAGAAUUCAUUCGUAGAAAGUACAUAUCACGCUGUCUGUCCCAUGAAGGUCCGACUCUGGCUCCUAAUGGUUUGGGCCUGUGUCUGCCAGGUACCUCGGUAAGAUGUGGACGACGUGACAGGUGUA